UUUUUGUUUUGCAUGUUUUGUUUACGAGGUGAGACGUUGAUGUCAGUCAAAUCACUAAGGGAUUUUUUGAAUACAUCUCAGAAAUUAUUUUGUGCAUCACAGCCAUGUAUUCGACCAUGUGUAUGUGGUUUGUCAUUGACAAAACCCAAACGAAAUGAUCCACUUCUUUCUAGUACGACCAAAGUUUCGAAUCUGAAUGAUACUCAAAGUUUUGAUUUCAGAGAUCCAAAGUUAGCCCACAUCUCUAAGUCGAACUCCGAAAUAAUCCGUGCGCUUGCAGUUUUCAAAAUGUGUUCAUUUCCAGCUUUAGUGAAGAACAAUAAAAGACUUAUGGAAUUCUCUAGAAAGAUAAUGGGGAGACAUCUGUUUCGCAAAUUGAUGAUUAUGACAUUUUACGGGCAUUUUGUUGCAGGAGAAGAUGAAGCUGGUAUUCAUCCGUUAGUCAUGCGUCUCAGGAAAUAUGGUGUCAAGUCAAUACUGGAUUAUAGCGUUGAAAAAGACAUAAAAGAAGAUGAAGCAGUCAGCAUCGUCAAGAAGAGUUUGAGUGAAGUAAUACAAACGCCAGAGAAGCGACCUGAGGCAGCAACUAAACAGUAUCAAAUCAGUGUUCGCUUUGCUGAUCGUACAAAGCAUGUUAUCGGAGCACGUUCAUACUUUUAUAAAUCAGAGCAUCAGUGUGAUCAAAACAUGGAAGAGUUUUUGAAGUGUAUUAAUAUUUCUGCCAAGCAUGGUGAAGAUCCUGGAUUUUCUGCAAUCAAGCUUACUGCACUCGGUCGACCUCAACUCCUGCAACAAAUGUCUGAUUUUUUAGUGCAAAUGAAACGAUUGUUUUUCCUGCUUACUGAUUCACAGAACAAGGAGUUAGGCGGCAAGCUGUCAUUCCUUGAUUUAGAAAAUUUUCGAAGAAAGCUGAAAGAAUUAGGAGUGAAAAUUUCAUACAAUGAAGACGUUCAAUGGUUUACUUUGUUGGAUAUUUCUGGAGAUGGUAUCUUAGACUUACUUGAUUGGAGUCAUCUAAAAUCCUUUGAAUAUGAUCUUGCAAGAUUAUUUAGCAUUAAAAACAAAAAGACUGGUGAAGUAGAACAACUUGUGCCCACACUUACAUCCGAGGGUAUUGAGGAAAUGCGAAAUAUGAUAAAACGAGUGGAUACCUUAGCAAGCUAUGCGAAGUCCAUUGGUGUUCGAGUUAUGAUUGAUGCAGAACAGUCUUAUUUUCAACCUGCUAUCAGAAGACUAACUAUCGAAAUGAUGCGUCUUUUCAAUAAGGACAGGGCGGUGAUAUACGGUACUUAUCAGUGCUAUCUGAAGGAGGCACUUGAGUCUCUUCGUCAAGAUUUACACCAUGCUGCCACAGAAGACUUCUACUUUGGUGCUAAGCUCGUUCGAGGUGCUUACAUGGACCAGGAGCGUGCACGUGCUAAAGAAUUGGGAUAUGAAGAUCCAGUUUGUGCAAAUUUCGAUGCCACAACAGCAAUGUAUCAGGCUUGUUUAGAAGAAGCAUUCAGUGCUAUGAAGAAACGUAAAUUCGGUCAAGUUAACAUUAUGGUAGCUAGUCACAAUGAAGAUACCGUUAGAUAUGCUAUUAAAAAGAUGCACGAAUACAAAAUAGCACCUGAGGAUGGGCUUAUCUGUUUCGGUCAAUUACUUGGAAUGUGUGAUCAGAUUAGUUUUACACUAAGUCAAGCCGGCUACUCUGUAUAUAAAUAUGUUCCAUAUGGCCCAGUCGAAGAGGUUUUACCUUAUCUAUCCAGACGUGCACUAGAAAACGGUUCAGUUCUACAGUGUACAUUAAGAGAACGCCAACUUUUAUGGUCUGAAUUAAAAAGACGUUUACUUAGUGGACAGUUUGUCUAUAAACCAUAAACCACCAAGUCAUUUCAUUCCUCUUGCUAUCUGCUAUUAGAAUCGUCUAUCCCCUUUGGUAUUUUUUGAUCAUUAUUGUUUCCUUACUGCUUUGUAGCUUGCCAUCUACAGAUCUACGCUUACAUGUACGUCGUUUUUGUACAAUUUAUACUUACAUACAAUUAUUCAUCUGAUUAGUCUCUCUUUUUUCUUCGCUUUAAUGCUCUGAUAAGUGUUGUUAUCAAAAAUUCAGGUUAUUAUUCCCUAACAUGUAUUCACUUAUACAAACAAUUCUCAUUGGAAUGAAAUAUCUAAUCAUUUUCAUGCCAAUUUUCCCCAUUUCCAGAUAAAAAUCACACUGCUUUUUCAUGCUUUUUGUGUGUUUUUUUAUCUAUUUGAAAAGUUGUUUCUAGCUGACCG